CUAGGGUAUAAAGUGCAUAAGGGACAGACACCAUGAAAGGUUGAACUGUGUCCCGGUAUCAGCCAUCCUAAAGUCAAACUGACAGGAACCAUGCUUGCUAAGACAGUGACUGGGAGCUUUGCUCAUGUGAUCCAUGGUUUGAGCAGUGCUAGCCUCACCGAAGCUGUGAUCCAGAGAAGCAAGCGUAUGAUUCUGGAUACCUUAGGAGUUGGAUUGCUUGGGACAACUACUGAAGUCUUCCACAAAGCUUUACAGUAUAGUAAAAUUUACAGCACAGACAUCACCAGCACUGUUUGGGGCCAAUCAGACGUGCGGCUUCCUCCUCUCUAUGCUUCUUUUGUCAAUGGAGUUGCUGUUCAUUCCAUGGAUUUUGAUGACACCUGGCACCCUGCCACCCACCCUUCAGGGGCAGUCUUGCCUUCUUUGAUUGCACUGUCAGAAUCUUAUCUUGGAAACCAGAGGCCAUCUGGACUUGAUCUUCUUUUGGCAUUCAACAUUGGCAUAGAGGUUCAGGGAAGACUCAUGCGCUUUUCUAAAGAAGCCAGAGACAUCCCAAAAAGAUUUCACCCUCCCACUGUGGUUGGACCUAUGGGAAGUGCCGCAGCAUCAUCUAAAUUCCUAAGUUUGAACCAGUCACAGUGCCGUGAGGCCCUUGCAAUUGCUGCAUCUUAUUCUGGAGCCCCAAUGGCUAAUGUAGCCACACAAACCAAACCACUGCACAUCGGCAAUGCUGCUCGACAUGGCCUUGAGGCUUCUUGUUUGGCAUAUCUAGGCCUUGAGGGGAACAAGAAUAUUUUUGAUUUGGAGACUGGAUUUGGUGCUUUUUAUAAUGACUAUGAUCCCCAGAGUUUACCAUCUUUAGACUCUUUUACGUGGCUUCUGGAAGAUCAAGAUGUGGCUUUUAAGCGCUUUCCAGCACAUCUUGGAAUGCAUUGGGUUGCAGAUGCUGCUUCAGCUGCCCGAAGGCACAUUGUUGGGAACAAUGGAUUGCUGCCUGUGGACAGUAUAAAAAAAAUUGUACUAAAAUUCCCAGACACUAAGUAUGUAAAUCGUCCUUUCCCCACAUCAGAACAUGAAGCUCGGCAUUCCUUCCAGUUUAAUGCGUGCACUGCUCUCCUUGAUGGGACUGUAUCUGUUCAGUCAUUUACUGAAAACAACAUUUCUCGGCCAAAUCUGAGAGAACUUCUAAGUAAGAUACAAGUAGUUCACCCAUCUGACAACAAACCAAAUUUUGAGAAGCUAUAUUGUGAGGUGACUAUAACAAUGCAAAAUGGAGAUACUUUUAGCGAGAGAUGUGACACUUUCUAUGGUCACUGGAGAAAACCUCUUAGCAAAGAAGAUCUUGUGUGCAAAUUUAGGUCUAAUGCUUCCACUGUUCUUUCAAACGAUGGAGUAGAAGGUAUUCUGGAAACUGUGUACAGACUGGAAGAUGUGGCAGACUGUUCUGUGUUAAGUGACUUUCUGAAAUUAAGAAAUGAGCCGUUAGAAAAACACAAAGAAACUAUUUUACACUAGUUUGUGUUCAGACCAGUCACUACUGUAUAUUAGGCCUAUAUGUUAACACUAACAGCAUUAUUAAUACUGUAAUACUAGUAGUUUUUGAUUUUUCAACAGACACAGUUUGUUCCAGUUGCAGUUUGAUGUUUAUCUUUUAAAACCUUUAUCUUAGCAUAUCUGUACUGCAUGACUUGUAGAAUGUUCUUUCUUCCCUCAGAUUAGGUGCAAUGGUUGGAAAUAUCAUGCACUGAUGAGCAAGCAGCCAUUUGUAUUGCAGGGAUACAAUACUUUCAGCUAUCUGGCUGUAGGAGGUUAUGCUGAAGGUGUUGUGCAACAGCUCGCACAAAAAAAGUUGACUCUUGAGAAAUUCUUUAUGUGGUUAAUGUUGUGAGUGUCCCUAAAGGAAACACUAGAGUACUUUUUUCUAAUUCUUUGAAACUGAUGUUGUGCAAUAAUAAGUUUGCAAUGGACUAUGUUAUUUUAAAUAUAUUCAUUUAUACUGGGAAGAACAAAAUGAGCUGUGUAUUUAAUUGAGCUUUGAUAAAGGGAUUUCUAAUAUUAAUCAUUUACAACGUUGCUUCAAACUAUUGUGUAAUAUUGCUUAAAGCAAUAUAGUUUUGGGGCAACAAAUAAAAAGUUUUGUUGUA